AUGGCUGGCUUACGAUCAAACGAUCGGCCAACCACACGACUCGAAACUUGGAUUUUGGCCCUGAUCUACCGAAAUUACUGGGAAAUCUCUACUAUACUCGAUGCGGAGAACACCACUCUACAUAGUAUACUGGCGUGUUCCUUCACUCUCAAGGUUUCUUACCCCCCACCCCCCGCGCGCAGGCAGGGAUAUGUUGGCCCUAGCCUAGUUGCCUAUGAAAUCGAUCGUUGCCACGUCGGGCGGUUGUCAGAUCUGAUAGUCGCUCCCUUGACAAAAGCAGGAAAUAUAAAGAUGGGAAAGCAAUACUCGCAGUCACAUAUCAGCAAUAGACAGAAUCGGACUAUAGGUGGAAUGAUUAACACCGGAUUUAUCCAGGCUGGCCAUGAUUUCCUGUUGCGGCCAGACGGAAACACGUGUAACAUGGGUCUCAGAGACGCUGUCUGGCGAUAA